GUUGGCGAUUUGUGCAAGACCUCAAAUUAAACUGGAAUUGCUUAUGGUUGCCUAAUUUGUAGCUUUAUAGAUUUAACAGAUUUUCCGAUUUCAAAAUGUUCAACCAAACAUGAUCAGAGUGCGUCGGCCUAAUAAGUUUGUAAAUUUCACCUACGUAUUUUUGUUUAAAUUUUAUACUUUUUAGUACUGACAAAAAUGGAGUCCAUCCAGGUGCCAAAAGAGCUGAAAUCGCUGCUGAGCUGCGGUCAAUGCCAUCGCCCGUACGAUCUGGCCACCGGUCUUCUGCCCCAGGAGCUCGUCUGCCAGCACAGCUUCUGCACGAAGUGCGUGCAGAGAAACACCGACCACAGCUCGUCCGAGUGUAUCUGCAAUUUGUGCGGAUAUCGCACGCAGCUGCAUGGCCAGCAGCUACCGCAAUCCGUGGCCAUCAUGUAUCUGCUACGUGAGCUGCCAGCUUUGAUUCUGGGCAGGGCCAUGUUGGAUUUCUCGUACAAAAAGAGCAGCACUAUUGAAAUUUCUAGUGAAGAAGCACCCAGCAGCCCGUCGAAAAACUGGGUGGAAGACAUCAACGUGGAGAGCUUUCUGGCCACCAGUAUGGAGCACUGUUUCAUCCAUGCCAUGCCGAACUCUACGUGGUGUCACACUUGCCAGCGUCUGCUGUGCCGCGCCUGCUCGGAUGUCGCAUUGCAUCAGGACCACAUCCUGGUGCGCCAGGUUGAUUACCAUGACCUUAUCCGCCAACUGCUCAAUUUCGAAAUGGAGAAGAUCAAGAGAACGGCUGUCCAUGCCAAAGAGUUGGCCACCCGCGAAAUGGAUCUACUACUCGAUCUGUGCGAAGCGUGCCACCGCGUUCAGUUGCAUGUGAAGCGUGAGAUGCUGGACCACCAUCCUAGCAUGGUUGCGUCCUCGAUGAUGGGUUGGCAUCGACUAGCUGAGCGGGAUCUGCAUCAAGCCGGUAGACUUACUGGAACAAAAAUGCUGCAGGUGCUCGGCCACUUGGCCUCACAGCGACACAGAUACGAGAGCCAAUUGGACCAAGUGCACUUUCAGUGUCGAAUGCAAGCCGCAAUCCAGGAGAACGGCAUGCAGGUUCUGGACUUUGAGACUCUGAAUAACAGGAUCGCAUGGCUACGCAGUAAUCGUCAUCCCGGUGCUAUUCCCGCCAAUGUGGACCCACCGCAGGCGCUCAUCCUCACCAACUACUGUGUGUACGCCUACUGGUGCGAGAUGCAGCGCGAAAUGAUUACUCCAAGCCUUAGAAAUCUGAGACCGAAUCCAGAAUUACUGCCGCAACCCCGACGAGCUGUGGUGCCUCCGCAUUUCAAUAAUAGCUUGCGGGAGGUGGAGGUUCUGGAUUAUGUGCAGCAGAUCGAAAACCAGCAGUUUCGAACGCUCAGUCAACUUCCGUAUGAUGGUUCACACGAAUCCUCCUCGUCGCCGAACAGCAGCAGCAGUAGAAACAGCCAAAGCAAUUUUAUUGCUCUGGACAUGGAAUAUGGACUUCGAAAUUUGGUGCGCCAGUUGCAACAGCAGCCGCAGCAAGUGCAACAGGAACAGCAGCAGCAGCAAGUGCACCAGCUGACCCACCUAAUUCACCAGCCAGAUGCGAUCCUCGCCAACUCGGUGGAGCCGCAGCUAAUGGGUCAACAAAUCCAGGAUCAUUAUCAGCAGGAUGGCGGUACUAGUUCAUCGGUAAGCAUUGUGCGCCAGCCCAUCGUUCACUGUUACCCCAUAUACUUUCUGGACAUGGAAAUAGCAGGAGAACUAGCCGGGCGGGUCCUAAUCGAGGUGCGAUCUGAUGCUGCUCCCCGGAUGGCGGACAACUUUGGGGCGCUGGUGCGGCACGAACGGGGCUACGGCUAUCGGGGCUGCACCGUAUUUCAGGCCUGGGGAGGCGAGAGCAUCAUCACCGGCGACUUUGAGUCGCAGAACGGACGCGGGGGGCACUCGGCCUUUGAGAGCAGAUACUUUUUGCCAGACGAAACGGGAUUGCCGGCACAUCGGGGAACGGUUGGUAUGCGCAGGGGACAGCGGCGACAGGACAGGAGUGGAUUUGUAGGCAGCCAAUUCCGGCUGGUGCUCAACGAGAUGCGAUCCUUCACCGCCAUUUUUGGAUUCAUUGUCCAGGGCAUUGAGCUGGUGGACCGAAUUGCGGCCAGUGGCAAUGCUUUGGGUCGCCCGGCCCUUAGGAGCAUCAUCCGGAAUUCAUCAAACCGAAAGCUCACACACUUUGAAUGUACAACUCCACCAAAUAUCUAUUUUAUUCUUGGAACGCAAAUCUUGGUAUGAAUUUUGUAAAAAUAAACGCACUACUUGAAACGAUCAAUGUAAGACAGUUGAAAGUCGACAUUUUUAGCAACGCAUACAAUUGAGGUCAGCAACAGAAGCCAAUUUUUUUAACACAGAAAGAAAGAAUUUUUAUAAACAAUUUACAACUCAAAGAAACGUUUUGGAUGCUAUUUUAAAUAAAAAAAGACUAUCAAUGAUCUAUAAACAUUUCAGAUUCAUGGACAAGGUGGAAAUUGUAAAAGACCUUGAGUAUUUAAAUAAGUUUAGCCUAAGGAAAACGGCACUAAAUGUGCGUUGAAGCGCUACGACGAUACCUGGACAUAGUAAAUUAGUUACAAUAAAAACUUAAAAUUUUAAACCACGAGUAAGGUGAAAUCCAAAUACACAGCUGACAUGUAAUUAAGGUCAAUUCAGUUAAUAAUUAAUACGAAAUAAAUCUAUUAGCAAUAAGUAAAUAAACGAGAUAGUUUUCGGUUUCUAAAUAUGCAUUUGAUGUGAUCAUAACUAAGGCUAUGUUUGUGAUGGAUGAAAAAUUGAACGCCAAGAAUAGCCAUCCAUAAAAAUAAGGGAAUCAAGUAAUAAUAUGACCUUAGCGAUGUAAAGGAAGGCAAAGAAUCUUUUUAGGAACAAAUCGAACUCAAUUUUACGGAAUUUGUAGACUAAACUAUUGGAAAUGGCCACAUUAUAGUUUAAAUUAUGCUAAGUAAUCAAUAUAAACGUAUAACUUCAAUCGAAAAGUAAAAACUCAAAUCGAAAUCUUAUAUUUUCCAAAAAUAAUAAAAACUCGCAUCACAAUUAAGCAUUAGAUAGAACGAAAGAGUUUGGCAAAAUAAAAACAAAUAAGUAAAUAAGGGGAAUAACUGAAAAAUUGUGAUUGGCUGGCAGUUGCUCAGAAAGUUGUUAUUUCAACAAUUUAAUAACAACAUCGUUUAUGAAUGUCCUAGGUAUACGAAAAAUAAAAUGAAAUUUUGAAGGAGAACCCAGAGCAAUGAUGAGAAGUACAAACCGAGAAGGAUAAAGGAAAAUAAUGAAGUUGUUGCAUUAAUAAAUCAAAGUAAUUCAAGAUAAUGUAAGCCUCUAGAUGUCAAAUGUUUGAAUUGGCGUUGCUCUUGAAACCCAAAUUUUCUUUGCAUGUAUCCUACAACUGAAAAACCAAAUCCCAUUCGAAUUGAUGUCUAAAUAUGGAAGUUGUUUGUGUAAAUGUGUGAACGUAAUUCAAUAAAGGUUGCCCGAUAACUGA